CGGGGGCGUGCACGGGCUGCCAGGCUGUAAGUAAAUAGACGCUGUUGUGGUGAGCGUGCUACGAAUAUUUAGGGGGUAACGAGGGAGAUUCGCCAACAUAUUAUACCCUCCUGUUAUCUGUCGCUUGUGGCUCAGCGGCUGUACUCUGUGAGUGUGUGUGCUACGAGUCACCUCUCACCUGCCUGUGCUCCUGACAUCCGAACAGCUGCUGAGCUCGCCCUGUACACGGCAUAUCACCCCCUAGCUAGCAUUGUGUACAGCAGUCACCCCUGGCAGCCCUGUAUGUAUGCACACAGCUGGCCUGUAACAGUGUGACUCCUCUGCCAGACCAAACUCAUUGCAACUCUCUAUUUACUUCUCUUGGUAUUUCAGCAGCACCUUCCCUGGUGGUCGGGUAACACUUUGGCUCCUCUUACAAAAGGGGUCACCCACUACUGCAUGUAUCAUAGCCAUAGGAAGCUAGGCGCACAUUACUGUCCAGUAUAUACACCAUACAGUGGUCCUAGACAUGUCCUCAAAGGCGUAUAAGCCGCUCCCAGUACCUCCUGCCUGUAAGCAGCUGGAAGAGAGGGGUGCUGAUGCCAUGGUAGUGCCCACUGCGCAGGUACCAAUGGAGCAGGGCUGUAACCAGGAGGAUGCCCAACAGAGACCUGCUCCACCUUCAGCCUGGUGCAUCCAUGACCAAAGUAACCCUAUUGAAGCCCCAGUUCCAAGCAUGAACCCUUGGACCAAGAAAACCAAUAUGGCCUCAGGAAACCGUACCCACCCAUUUGUUGGCCAUGACCAUGCGGGUUUCUCUGCAAAGAUUGUGCGAGCCGGAAAACCUACUCCUAAGAAGGCUAGUGACUUCACAAACUGGCCAACACCGAGUGAAACUGCCAACCAUGCUUGCCAACAGAUUUUCUCCAAUCUUCCAAAUAAAACCACGCCAGCUAUUAAGUUUCCCCUUGACAAGUCCGUGUGGAAGCAUGACCAUGAAAGCAAAGAGAAUCAUGAGCUGGACGUGCAGACUGCUGGUGCUGCAAAGAAAAGAGUUGCCAAACAAAAAUGGGUUCCCCUACAUUUGGAGGUCAAGAAAGCAGAUACACAGGAAAAUACCAGCUCUCAUAUGGACUUGCAGGCUCCACCUGAAAUUAAUAGAUCUAGUAACGGCAAACGAGGACGUUCUAUGUAUAGUUGGAGACGAGACGGUGAUCGGGAGGAAGUCUCAAGCACAAGAAGUGAGUCCAGCGGUAUACGAGGUUUCUCUAGAGGCCACUCCAGAGGCAGAGGACGAGGCCGAGGAAGAGGACACUCUCACAAUCAGUAUGGUAUUCAUGAAUCCUACCAGACUAAGCUUGCUGAAAGUAGUACCAAUAUGAUGUAUUGUUAUGACAAUGGCACUGGGAUGCAGGUAUAUCCUGUGGAAGAAAAGCUACUGAAGAAAUACCUUAAACGGCAGAUCGAAUAUUACUUCAGUUUGGAAAAUCUGGAAAGAGAUUUUUUUCUCAGAAGGAAAAUGGAUGUGCAUGGGUUUUUACCCCUUUCCCUGAUUGCUAGCUUUCAUCGAGUGCAGUCUCUGACUACCGACCUCAGUCUGAUUUGUGAGGCUUUAAAGGACAGUGCAGAAGUAGAAAUAGUAGAUAAAAAAAUAAGAAGAAAAAUUGAUCCAGAAAUAUGGCCCAUAGCCCCUGCCCCAGCUCAGGAGCUGAAACGCACGGACUUUACUAGAUUGAUCAACUGCCCGGAAUUCAUACCUGGAAAACUGAAUGUGUAUCAUGCUGGAUCUGCUCCUAAUUCUCCAAGGAAAGGAAGUUCUGUAUUUGAGGAUGGAAGUAAAGAACCAAGCAAUUUACAAGCCAUGUCCAGAGGCUUGUCCACAAGUUUACCGGCGCUGGAUUCUGAGCCAUGGAUUGAAGUUAAAAGAAGGCAGAGAGUAUCCCCUGUAAAACCGAAGGAAGUGGAACUUUCUCAAAUUACAGCCAAAUCUGAAGCAGCCCAAGAAGUUGAGCAAGAAGAAUUAGAUUUUAUGUUUGAUGAAGAGAUUCAGCAUUUGCAGGGUCGCAAGAACAACUUCACAGACUGGUCUGAGGAUGACUCGGAUUAUGAAAUAGAUGAUCAAGAUCUUAACAAAAUUCUUAUUGUAAUGCAGACCCCUCCUCAUCCAAAAAAACAUCCUGGAGGUGAUCGCACAGGAAAUCAUGUGUCUCGAGCCAAAAUUACUUCUGAACUUGCCAAAGUUAUCAAUGAUGGCUUAUACUAUUAUGAGCAGGACCUCUGGAUGGAAGAAGGUGAACAGGAUCAUAUCAUAACGAAGCAAGAAAUAGAAAACUUCAAGAAACUGAAUUUCAUUAGUAAAGAAGAGUAUGACAAUCUUGCACCAGAAGCACCAAUGGAACCAAAUCUUGGACAGUCCCCGCCAAAUAUACCCACUUUCCCUCAAGAUGUUCUUGAGUCGCCAGUCUCCUGUCCUUCUAAAAUACCCAAAACUCCACGUACACCACGCCUGCAAAAUCCCACCAAAACACCAAGGUUUUAUCCUGUAGUGAAAGAAGCCAAAUCUAUUGAUGCUCAGACCCCAAGAAAGAAAAAAACUCGGCACAGCUCAAAUCCACCUCUUGAAUAUCAUGUUGGUUGGGUAAUGGAUUCCAGGGAGCACAGGCCACGGACAUCAUCCGUUAGCAGUUCUAAUGCUUCUCCUUCGGAUAGCACCCCACUUGUAGGGAGCUACGGAUGUACCCCUCAUUCUCUACCUAAAUUUCAUCAUCCUUCUCAUGAAUUAUUAAAAGAAAAUGGAUUUACGCAGCAAGUGUACCAUAAAUAUAGGCGAAGGUGCUUAAAUGAGAGAAAACGAUUGGGGAUUGGUCAGUCUCCGGAGAUGAACACACUGUUCCGUUUCUGGUCCUUUUUCCUCAGAGAUCAUUUCAACAAGAAAAUGUAUGAGGAGUUUAAACAGCUUGCUGUAGAAGAGGCCAAAGAGAACUACAGAUACGGUCUGGAGUGCCUGUUCAGGUUUUACAGCUAUGGAUUGGAAAAGAAAUUCAGGCCAGAAGUCUUCAAGGAUUUUCAAGGAGAAACUCUGAAAGAUUAUCAAACUGGUCAGCUGUAUGGACUGGAGAAAUUUUGGGCCUAUCUUAAAUAUUCACAAGUCAAAAGUUUGGCUGUAGACCCUACAUUACAGAACCACCUGAGCAAAUUCAAGAGACUGGAAGACUUCAGAGUUGAUCCUCCUAUAGCUGAAGAAUGCGGGCGGCGCAGACAUCCAUCGAAUUCCGCAGAUGCAGAUACUGGCCAUCGGAAACACCGCUCUGGCUCCUCCAAGACCAGUCUUACAACUAAACAAUCAGCUGCCAGCCAUGCUCAUGGCCGCACUAAAGUAAACACUCAGCAGCUUGGAUAAUAAUGCCAUCUACACUGAUUAUGGGCAGGUCUUCUGACAUUUGCCCAGGAUAACACGUAAUACAGGAGUGUUUUAAAUUAUGGCACCAUGGGUGAAGACUGAAUGACUGGGUAAAGACCAGCAAUGCAUUAUUUCUGUUAUCACAAUGAAGUUUUAAAUAUGUAUUUCAGUUCUGAUAUGAUGUAUUGAUUUGUUUGAAAUACAAGAAAGUGAUUUUAAUAUGAAGCUGGGUUUCAGAAGUUGCACUCCUUGUGACUGUGCAGGCAGCGUGGAUGCUUUAUCUCUCUAACAGGUGCUUUAAAACCUUUUUAAACUAGCCAUAAAAGUACGUUUUCAUCUACAUUAAAUACCAGCUUGUGUGUAUAAUUGUAAAAAUGACAAAAGAAAACUUUUUUUUGCAUAUGACAUUAACUAUUUUAAACAAAGGCUUUGGGAAAUGGCAGCGAUCUCUCAUCCUGACAUUUCAAUAUGUAGAUACAUGUAGAAAUAGGAGUUGUGUUUUCUUCUGUUGCUGGAUAUCUGCAUACUUAAUUAAUGAAACAAUGAUUUAUGUGGGAUGCUAUUCAAAGUAACACUUUCAUUGAGAACUAUUUUAUUACUCUUUUUAAUAGUCUUAUAAAUUGUCCUUAUUUCAUAUUAUGCUUGUUGAUCUCUCUUUGCCAUUAGAAUUAUUUGCGGAUAUGUAUUUUGGCUAUAAAGCGUUGUUGAUUCUACUUUUCACAGAAGUUAUUUAUAGCUGAUAUUUUAUGUGCAGCAGAUUUCUCGAUUAUGUGUAUAUUUUGUCUUUAUAAUAAUGAUUUUACCAAUAGGAAGACAAGUAUUUCCUUCACAUGCAAAUUGUGAUCCAUUGUUUCAACCUUGACCAGUGGUCAAUAUAAUUUUUUUAAUUUUUUUUUACAUUAUACAGAUUUUUGUCCCCUGAACUCCACUGCUUUCAUUUAUGAUGUCCAUCGUCUUUACAAAAAUCCGGAGUGUUUAAAAAUGUGCUACAUAAAGCAUUAAGCACCAGCCAUGGGAUGUAGUUACAUUGCCGGUAGUCUGGAUUCUGGCGGUCAGGAUACAGACACCAGAAUCCUGACCACUGACAAUACUGCCAGCCUGAAUCCCGGCUAACAGGGGCUAUUGUCCAUUACACCCAUAGCGUGAAAAUAGAACCUGUGGCGAUCCACUGAGUCCUCAGCGUUCCAGCGUUGUGCUCACCCCCUUGCUGGCAUUCUAGCGGCCGGGAAACCUGCCCGCCAGCAUCCCAUACCCAACACCAAGUCAUUAUGAGUAGUCCUUUUUUAACCAAUAGCAGUAAUAUUCCAGGUUUGAUAUUGGAUUGAUGGACAUUUAGUAUUUUUGGAGUGCUAAAGUUACACAAAAACUGUGAGCUCUCAGAGUGUUAUCUGCUGAUUAUUUCUCAUUAAACUGUAUAAUUAAACUGUAUCCCAAAAAUAAUGCAAAAGUAAUUUAUUUCUAUUAUACCGGUGUAUAUAAAGUAGAAUACAAUUUAAUAUGCUAUUGCUUUACAAUUAUAUUUGUGGAAAUGUGUGAUAUUAUAGCAUUUACCUUUUUUUGGUUUUUAUAUGAAAUAAAAUAUAUAUUUCUAUGCAA